AUGGACGAGAAAGAUACCAAGGACGUGAUGCCGCCAUCAACAGAGUUCAAGGAAUCUGCUCCGACACAGCCCAAGACGGAGAUUGAACUCGCGCCACCAAAGGACUAUGAAGGCCCCAAGGCGAAUACCGAGAAGAUGGAAGAUGCACGCGGUUGGGAGUCGGAGAAUUUGAUACAGAAUCUGGACAAGCAGCUCGAGCAGGAAGGAUACAAGAAGGGCUUCUUCGAUCUGGAGUUCAAAAACCCCAAGCACUUCACAUGGAUGCUCGUCGCGUUUGCGUCUAUGGGCGGAUUGCUCUCCGGACUGGACCAGUCUCUGAUCUCCGGUGCCAACUUGACGCUGCCCAAGGACCUCGGUCUUACAGAUCAGCAGAACUCGCUUGUCAACUCUGGCAUGCCGCUUGGAGCUGUCGCGGGAGCUUUUCUCAUCUCCCCAUGUAACGAGUACUUCGGCCGUCGCUGGGCCAUCAUCAUCUCCUGCAUCCUAUACACCAUCGGUGGCGCGCUCGAAGCCGGCAGUGUCAACUACGGCAUGAUAGUCGCCGCGCGAGUCAUCCUGGGUGCCGGCGUCGGUCUCGAGGGCGGUACCGUGCCAGUCUACGUCGCCGAGACAGUCGAGUCCAGACUCCGCGGUAACUUGGUCUCGCUAUACCAGUUCAACAUUGCGCUCGGCGAAGUCCUCGGAUAUGCUGUUGCAGCCAUGUUCAUCACUGUCGACGGCAGCUGGCGUUACAUUCUCGGCAGUUCGCUCGUGUUCUCUACGAUCAUGGGCGUUGGUAUUCUGUUCAUGCCUGAGAGUCCUCGGUACCUUAUGCACAAGGGCAAGCCGCUCGAGGCAUACAAGGUCUGGCGCCGUAUCCGUGGUGUUGCUACGCAUGAGGCUCGCGAAGAGUUCUUUGUCAUGAAGAUCAGCACGGAAGAGGAGCAGGCGGAGGUUGCAGCUGGUCGCACCAAUCGUUUUCCAUGGAUGGAUUUCUUCACAAAGCCUCGGGCUCGUCGGGCGAUUAUUUACGCCAACAUAAUGAUUUUCCUGGGCCAGUUUACUGGUAUCAACGCUAUCAUGUACUACAUGUCAGUCUUGAUGUCACAAGUCGGAUUCGACACGUACGACGCAACCUACAUGUCGCUCGUUGGCGGCGGCGCUCUCCUCCUCGGCACCAUCCCCGCAAUUUUCCUCAUGGAACAAUGCGGCCGUCGCUUCUGGGCCAUUGCCAUGUUACCUGGCUUCUUCAUCGGCCUCGUUCUCGUCGGCAUAAGCUACCAGCUUAACACGCUGAGCGCCCAGCUCGGCGUCUACCUCACCGGCCUGGUCCUCUACGAGCUCUUCUUCGGUUCCUACGCCGCACUCACCUGGGUCAUUCCCUCCGAAGUCUACCCCACCUACCUGCGCUCCUACGGCAUGACCACCUCGACCGGGUGGCUGUUCCUGUCCUCCUUCAUCGUCACGUACAACUUCACGGGCAUGCAAAACGCAAUGACGCGCACCGGUCUGUCGCUCGGUUUCUACGGCGGCAUCGCGGUGCUGGGAUGGUUUUACCAGAUCUUCUUCAUGCCGGAGACCAAGGACAAGACGCUCGAGGAGAUUGAUCAGCUGUUUCAGAAGCCCACGAGGCAGUUGGUUAGGGAGAAUGCGAAGAAUGCGAUGGAGGUUACGAGUGAUUUGAUGCAUUUGCGGUUCAGGAAGGUGUUUAUUGAGAACAAUCAAAGGAGGUGGGAGGCGUAG